CUGCUCCGCACAAAAUGAGCCGCUCUAGUUAGUCUACCGCAACAACAUCAUGCUCCUUCUCUUUCUGCUACUUGUGCCGUUUCACACGGCUCUGUGUAUGUCAAAGACUUCUUGUCCAAUCCCGAGUCCGGUCGUCGCUCCGACCAAGUGCGAGCUGCAGUCAGGUACGUUUUUUCAUAGUGUUUGUAUAUAAUUUUAGUGGUAUAAUAACUGUUUGCGAUGAAGAGAGCCGUUGUCAAGAAUGUAAAAGACUUGGUCCACCUGAGAAUAACAAUAACAGUGGUAACUGCACCAAUGGACACUGCGUCAGUGCACAAUUGAACUUGGGGCUCAACUGCAGUAGCCCGGACGGUCCUAUCGAGUUUGUACUGAACUUACUCAACGAAACAACGACGACCAACGAAAUUACGAAUAUGACACUGUGUUUGUCGCGGAGAAUCUGCCACUGUCUCUCUAGGAGAGCAAAGCACAACAGGCUUAUCGACAUAGAGGAGCAAUGCCGCCAGUUGUGCGUGAUGCCCACUCGUCCAGUGAAAAGUUCACCACCUAUGAUGGGUUCACUUAGUGGAGACAUGGGCGUUUGUAACUCAGUCCAUGGCCAUUACUGUAGAAGACACACGAUGAGUGGAAGAAGUGUUGACUGUGCCAGAGAGUGCAGGCUACAGGACAACUGUCCGACAUUAAUUGAAGGGAUCUUGGAAGGAGAGUUUGAGGGAAGUGACCUGGAUGCUGCAGUUGCAGUAAUGAUGGAGUUUCGUGGGCAGGGAGCUCACAGGUUGCCAGCUAGAGACAUCCUCAUGGCCCAUGGCAGCUUCUAUAGAGUCAUUGAGAGCAACUCAAAUGCAGUCAUCUCUCACCUAAACAACAACAAUAGUCAAAAUUUGGUGUCACUCUUCGAUGAUCUUCUCUCGGACGAACGACAGGAAGAGUGGGCAGAGUUACAACGGGAGGGUGAGCCAGGGCAGGAAGUACUCGAGAGGAUUGAGACAACAGUGCAUCUCCUGGGGAUGAGUCACCAGCUACAAUCACUCGACAUCCAGCUGCUGGACCACUUCCACUACAUUGGCAGCAACAUUGAAAUGAAUGUGGAGUGUCAAGAUAACAAAGAAUAUGAGUAUGUGUUCAACAGAGGUCUAGAUAAAGCAGCUCUUUCUGUACCAGAAACAAAUAGCCAAGGAGACAAAUAUUGCUCGAGAGUAAUUGCAGCUUCUCUGUCCUCAAAUCUUGGAGAAUUUGUUUCAAAUGAUUCCAACACGAUGGUGGACACUGACGUUAUGACUGUACAGACAAUGGAGGCAGUACAGGGAAACAAACUCUCAGAUAUCACAAUCAGCUUACCCUCACUCAACAUGAGUGGAAAUUUGUCAAGUAUCCCCGUGGACUGUGUUUUCUGGAAUACAAACCAAAGUCAGUGGUCUACUGAAGGAGUUGAGCUAGUGAGUGUGACUGAAACACACUACGUCUGUCGCUCCACUCACCUCUCCAGCUUCGCUGUGCUUGUCAAUGUCAAACCCCUAGAGGGAAUGUCAGAAACUGAAGCUAUGGCUCUGAGUGGUGUAACCUACCUGGGCUGUGGCAUCUCUAUCAUUUGCAUCCUGCUGACGCUGCUGUGCAUGGUGGUAUUCAGGUACUCCUACUGUAAAGAUUCAUUCUCGGAAUAUCUUACAGGAAAUAUUUCCGUACAUGGCAGGGAGACACUAAAUAAAGGAGUUCUGUUGUACAUUCACUUUAACCUGUUCCUGGCCCUGCUGUUGGCACUCAUUAUCUUUGUCUUUGGCAUUGAGACAGCCACACACAUCAAGUGGCUAUGUGCCACAGUGGCUGCACUGCUCCACUACCUGUUUCUCUGUGUCUUCUGUUGGAUGUUGGCUGAGGGAAUACUGCUGUAUGUGUUGGUAGUCAGAGCAUUCACCACCAACUUCAAGAAGUGGUACUACCUCCUUCCUUUUGGAUGGGGUACUCCGCUAUUCAUUGUUGCUAUUUCUCUGGGACUCAGAUAUGAGUAUUACGGCAACAACAACUACUGCUGGCUAAGUCAUGACAAGGGACUUGUUUGGAGUUUUGUUGGUCCCAUGCUGGCCAUCAUCUUGGUGAACUCAGUCAUUCUGGUACUGACUAUGGUCAGCAUAGCACGAGUCCGGAGUAAGGCUUCCAAGGGCACAGGAUCCAAGAACCAUACAGACAUCAUCUUGACUUCAGCCAAGAGUGCCAUAGUGCUACUGCCACUUCUGGGGAUCACAUGGAUCAUUGGAGUAUUUGCUGUGGAACAAAACACAACUGUCUUCGCCUGGAUCUUCACAAUACUCAAUUCCCUACAGGGUUUAAUGAUAUUUGUGCUCCAUAUCCUAAGAAACAGAAAGCUGCGGAGUAAAAUGGGCAGAAGGUGUGGUCUCAUAGUACAAUCAGAGAAGAGCAAUUAUUCUUCCUCAACUGAGUACACCAGUACUGACAAGAGAGAAGGUGCACCAGUCUCAAUGCCAAGUGGUUGUCCCAGCAAUGGAGACAUCUCACCCAGCUGGAAAAGUCACUCAGGAAUUCAGAUGAAUGGGUCCUCAGCCAGUAUCCAGGGAACUAUCAGUAAUGACUAUGAAUGCCAGAACUUUACGGUAGACUUCAGCAAAAGUAGUAGUAGUGUGCCUGACUAGCUGUGUGUAUCGUAAGGUGUUUGCAUCCACUAUUCUUUCUUUGUUUUAUACCGUUCGCACACCCACGCGAUUUCAAGACGGGUUGCGUUCCCCCGCGCCGAAUUGAUACUCUAUGCGCAUGCGCAUCAUCGGUGGUA